ACAUUUUUACGCACACGUUUCUUGCAGCAGCACAGCGACGCUGCAGGGUAAGGAAACCAAGGCAAUCAAGAAACACUUCAUCUGGAAUCCAACUGGAGAACUGAUGUUGUCUUCCACACAUAAAAUGAACGCACAAAGACUUGUGUUGUGUUUGUGUUGGAUGGUGCUGUGCCUGCACACUGGUCUAAGCCAGAAGGACUGCACAGGUGUGGAAUGCCCGGUUCAGCAGAACUGCAUUGAAACAGUUCUCGAGACAGGCGCCUGCUGUCCCACCUGCACACAAACGGGCUGCACCUGUGAAGGUUACCAGUACUACGACUGUGUCCAAGCAGGCUUCCGCAAAGGCAAAGUCCCACAGGGGAAAUCUUAUUUUGUGGAUUUCGGAAGCACAGAAUGUGCUUGUCCCAAGGGAGGAGGGAAGAUAAGUUGCCAUUUUAUUGAGUGCCCUGAAAUUUCCCACAACUGCAUUGACAUUUUGCAGCCUGCAGAUGGAUGUCCACAAUGUGGGCGUAUUGGUUGUACCCAUGGCAACAAAAAGUUUGAGGCAGGACACACCUUUCAGUUAGAUAACUGCCAGUUUUGCUACUGUCCAAAUGAAGGCGGGAAGUUAAUGUGCUCACCCAUUCCCGGCUGUGACCUCCAUAGUGUUAAUAAGCCCACAGGGGUUGCAACCACUGAGAAAACAAACUAUUUGAAAGUGACUAGCAGCCAACCUUCCAACACCAAGUUAGUGCUGGGAAACACUCUACCGCUGUACAAGCCAGAUCCACCCAGUUUUGGCACAGAGGAUUAUGACUACUCACAGCCUGAGCCGACUUCUUUCCCUGUCCAAAAUCUGGCCCAACCAACUACAGCUCCACUCACUUACCCAAAGUCAAGCUCCACCUCAAACGAUGACAGAAGAAGUGAGCUGAGGGACUUGCAAAAAAGCUUUGAUACUGAAAAGAGCAGCGAGGAUGAGGUCAUGCGUGACCUGGAUCCAACAAGCGCUGUUUCAUCAACACUGCAAACAAUAACAACACAGAAAGUGACUUUGGAGAAUGACAAACCACAACAGCAAAGCGACGAACAGAACACCACCCGGCAGAUGCACUUUGGCCACCACAAACAAGGUCGAGGUAGUCACGCUAGGAAUCGUGGCUUACUCCAUUCUGGCAGCCGUAAUAGACAAGAGCAAGCCUCAGUGGAGCACAGGCACACUACUGAUAAAGACAAACUUGGCUCGUACCCCUCAGUCCAUUUCCAGCCCCCCAACAUGACUCCAGUCAGGAUGAGGGAGAUUGAAGAGCAGCCCUUAAGACAACCUCAGAACCUGUCCAACUAUCAGUCUAUGGAUGGAGAUGGAGACGCAGACGUGUCAGUCAUGGAGCUGGUGGAGACCUGCUGUGAGACUGGUGCAAAAUGGGCUUCAGUUAAUGGUCACUGCAACAGCAUGGAGCCACCCACUAAAGAUAGGCAGUCCAUCUGUUGGACGUCUCAGCAACAGUGCUGCCUCGGUUCCCUGAGAGAAAGACGAUGUCUGGCUGGAAUGAGUGCAGCCAGAGACGGGGAUAUGUGUGAGGAGGACGCCAGUGAUACGUGUGGGCUCAGUUCCUACAAGGAGUGCUGUGACUGCUGCUCAGUGGGGCUGAAGGUCCGCAGUGAGGGUCAUGAGUGCAAAGCCCACCGACACAUGGGCCUCCACUGCAGACACGUUUUCCUCAUGUGCUGCGAGGGCGAGGACAUAUGGGACCAGAGUCGUGUCAGCUGGCCUGCCGUUAAAGAAAAGCCUGCUCUCGAUGCCACUUCACCACCAAAAAAAGUGUCCGACAGCCUUUACCCAAACGAGGCCUUCUCCAUCGGCAAAGAGAGGCACGGGGAGAACGCGGCGGAGGGGCCUAUUGAGGUGGAGGACAUGGAUGAGUGCCUGAUCUACCAGGGCAACAUCUGCGACCACAGAUGUGUAAACACACUUGGCUCUUUCCGCUGUGAGUGCUUCCCAGGAUACGUGCUGCAAGAGGAUGCUUUCACUUGUGCACAAGAGACAGUGGAUGAGAACAGACUGAAGGAGGAUGACAGUCAGGGGGUGGAGCCCACCUUGUCUUUUCCACCCCCCACCCAGCCCUCAGUGCCACUCAACCCCUGUGAAGGAAAUGGCCCCUGUGAUCAGCAUUGCAUCCCGAAGGGCGGAAGGCCACUCUGCUCCUGUUUCCCAGGAUUCUCACUCAUGGCUGAUGAACAUUCCUGCGAAGAUGUUAAUGAGUGUAUGUCGGAGCAUGGCUGCCAGUUGAACGAGCGCUGCAUGAAUACUGCAGGGAGCUAUGUCUGCCAGAGCCUGAUCACCUGUCCCCAAGGGUACCAGAUCAACGGAGACAUUUGUGAAGAUAUUAACGAGUGUAUGCAAGGCAGCCAUGACUGCAGGACCGAGUAUGAGUGCGUGAAUACAGAAGGCUCGUUCAGAUGCAACCCCAAACCUCGCUGCACUCCUGGCUUUGAACGGGACACACAUGGGAACUGUAUAGACACUGAUGAGUGUGGCACCCGGCCGUGUGGUUCAGGCUUUAAAUGCAUCAACACAGUGGGGUCCUACACGUGCCAGAGGACAAUGAUAUGCAGCCGAGGCUAUCAUACCAGUCUUGAUGGAAGCAGGUGUAUUGACGUGGAUGAGUGUCAGAGCGGCGCACAUCGAUGCGGACAAGGCCAGCUGUGCCACAACCUUCCCGGGUCGUAUCGCUGUGAAUGUCAGACUGGUUACCAGUAUGACUCUUUCAGACGCAUGUGUGUGGAUGUAAAUGAGUGUUGGCACUACCCGGGUCGUUUGUGUGCUCAGACCUGCGAGAACACUCCUGGCUCCUAUCAGUGCUCGUGCACCACCGGCUUCCGCUUAUCCAGCGAUGGCAAUAACUGUGAAGAUGUGAACGAGUGUUUGUCUAGCCCUUGCAGUCAGGAGUGCUCCAACAUCUACGGGUCUUACCAGUGCUACUGCAGGCAGGGAUACUAUCUGCGUGAGGAUGGGCACACCUGUGAAGAUAUCGAUGAGUGCUCCCAAAGCAUCGGCCAUCUGUGCACUUAUAAGUGUGUGAACGUUCCUGGUAGUUACCAGUGUGCAUGUCCUGAAUAUGGAUACACCAUGUCUCCGAAUGGACGCUCCUGCAGAGAUAUUGACGAGUGCACCACAGGGGCUCAUAACUGUUCUCUAGCUGAGACUUGCUACAACAUCCAAGGAGGCUACCGCUGCCUGUCCCUCACCUGUCCACCAAACUACCGCAAAGUAUCUGACACGCGCUGUGAGCGGAUCAGCUGUCCCAACUACCUGGAGUGCCAAAACUCACCAUUGAGAAUCACCUACUACUACCUCAGUUUCCAGUCCAACAUCGUCAUCCCCGCUCAGAUCUUCCGCAUCGGACCAUCGCCUGCCUACUCCGGGGACAACGUCAUUGUUAGCAUCACAGAGGGAAACGAGGAAAACUACUUCAGCACCCGAAAGCUGAAUGCCUACACGGGGGCCGUGUACUUACACAGACAGGUUGAGGGCCCGAGGGACUUCCUGAUUAAUGUAGAGAUGAAGCUUUGGAGACAGGGGACGUUCACCACAUUCCACGCCAAGAUUUACGUCUUCAUCACGGCCAACUCGGUGUAAGAGCUGGAGCUCCUCCGCAGGCCAACAUGGACCUCAAAUGACAUGACAGUUUCAGUACAAGUUCAUAAAUAUGCCACUUUGUGUGAUCAUGUUCUUUUUAUCCAGUCAAAAAGGACAUUCGUUCACUGAACAACACACUUAAUACUGUUGGCAUAUCUUCAUAUUUUCCAUUUCUCUUAUAAAAUCCAAGUGCCAUUAUGAGAAAAUAAAAAAGACCCAUCAGUUCUAAACUAGGAAUGAAAGCUGUGCACAAUAGCACCAGAAUGGAAUAUGUUGCCAUUGCUUGAAUUAUUUUAACCCGGACGUUUUCCUUGCCUUCAAAUAAUGACUUUGUUUGACAAACGUGAAAGCAUAGGAAAUAAGCAUGAGAAACAUUUCUGUACCUGAAUGAACACCUGAGACUAUUCUUCCAAGCUGCACUGCUGCCUUUAUUUUGUUUUUGAAGUAUUUUUUAAAACUAAUUUAAUGUUAAUCCAUGUAGUGAACUAUUGUAUUCCUGUAUGAUGUAAGGUAUUCUGAUGUAUGUAUAAGAAUGGAUGUAUGAUAAUUUUAUACUAAAUACAUAAACUGCAAAGUAUUUUAGUGUCUAUGUAGUUGGUUAGGUUUUCAGCAAAUAUAUUUAUUAGGAUAAAAAGUAAAUGUUGAGAUUCUUGUGUAUGUUUUUGUACGUGUAUGACAAUCCUAUUAUUAGUAGCAGGCUUACACUUGAUAAAGUCUGAUUUAUUCUUUUCUGGGUAUUGCAGUGAACAUUCUGUUUAUCUACAAAAUGACAAUGUAUUUAUCCACAAGCAGACCGUUGUUAUCACAGUGAUGGAUUAGGUUUAUAGUUGUUAUAUAGUAUCAAAAGAGUUACACUUCCACCUACAGGCA